AUGGCUUAUCUGGGAAAUCUGCCUAUUUUUGACCAUAAGUCAAGUGAAUGGUCAAUUUUCAAAAGCAGACUAACUCAGUUUGCGAAGAUAAAUCGCGUCGAAGAAGUGAACAAAAGUGGAAUUCUUCUCACCCAUCUUACGGAUGAAACGUAUCGCUUGGUACGAAACUUAGCGUACCCGCAAGACUUAGAAUCUCUAAGUUACUCGAAUCUCGCUAAAUUACUCGACGGUCAUUUCAAGCCAAAAAAAUGCUCAUUUGUGGAUAAAGAAAAAUUUUUUGGGGCAACCAGAAAUCCAGGCGAAUCAUUGGGAGACUGGGCAGCGCGAUUGAGAGGUCUCGCAAGCAAUUGUGACUUCGGCACUGCCUUGGAAACGAAUUUAAGAGAUCGUUUCGUCCUCGGCCUGGGCCCUGGCCCGGAACAAGAUAAGUUGUUCGAACAUGACCCGUCCACAUUGACACUGUCAGUAGCUAUGGAGCUAGCCGAGCAGGCGGCGUAUGCCAGGCAGGCGAAGGUUAUGUUGUGCACCAGCGAACAUGCUCCAAUUAAGGAGGAACCGGUAUACCGAGCGAAAUUUCAAGGUCAAGGAGACAGCGGCGCGGUUAUACGGCGUCCUAAUGCUGGCAGGACAUCAGCAGGUCGCGACCAACCGAGAGAUUUUUCUCGUUGUUCGGUUUGUGGCUUGAAGAACCACCAAAGUGAUAAGUGCCGUUAUAAAAGUUACAAAUGUCAAAAGUGCGGUGAAAAAGGUCAUUUAAAGAAAGUGUGCGAUAGUGUCAAUAGAUCGCGGAUGUACCAUAUCGAGUCGGUAAGCGAACCAGAGCAGGUCAAGGAUUCGUCUUGUGAGGAGUGCCACAAUUUUAAUUUGAGGUAUGUGACUGAUAAGCCCAUUUCAAUUGAUGUAAUAAUAGGUAAUCAGUGUAUGACAAUGGAGCUGGAUUCAGGAUCAAGUAAAAGUGUGAUUUCUUAUAAUACAUAUAAGGAAAAAUUCUUAAAAUAUUCAUUACCUAGUAGUUCUGUAAAAAUGUGCUUAUACAACGGACACAAGAUUGAUCCAUUAGGUUAUAUUACUGUAGAAACCAGUUACAAUAACAGUACCAAAUUGAUUAAAUAUUUUGUUGUCAAAAAUGGGGGACCGCCUAUACUAGGUAGGGAUUUCAUGACCGCCUUUAAUUUUGUGAUUACUACUAAAUUAAAUUACAUAAGAAAUGAUUCCGAAUUGCAUGAGUUAUUAUAUAAAUAUUCGGCGUUGUGGCGUGACGAGUUGGGCGCAUUUAAUAACUUUAAAGUCAGUUUGCAGUUGAAGGCGAAUGCUGUGCCUAAGUUUUUUAAGCCGCGUACUGUACCCUUUGCCCUCAGAGAAAGUCGAACAAGAGCUAAACCGAUUAGUGCACUUGGGUAUCCUUGUUCUUAUUAA